AUGUCUCGGUAUGGUUUCUCACGCGGAGGUCUGUCGCCCUUCAGUUCGACUCUUGGCGCAGACGGCGUGCCCGAUGUGACCGAACAUUACACCUACAUCACCUCCGCCGAUUUGGAAGACCACGACCUCGACAUUCCCCAGCCACAGUACAGUCCCCGCACACAUAUCAUCGAUGCAUACUCACAUUCGGCGCCUUCUCCGGCUUAUAGCCGACAUGUUCCCGAGGACGAUGUCAUGCUGAUCAAGCACCAAGGCGUCACGUAUCCGGAGCACUUCCCUGCCUACUCCAUUGGUGACGGGCAGCUGUUGGUUCGCGACGUGCGGGACCGCGUCAAGAUCAUUAUGAACCUAGACGAUCGAGCAGCGAAACGCGUGAAACUGUAUUACAAGGGGCGCCGGCUCAGGAAUCCAGACCGGCCGGUCCGUGAGUAUGGUGUCAAGAACAACAGCGAGGUCCUCAUGAUUCUCGAGGAAUCUGGCCUCGGGAGCAGCAGCGACAGCAGCGAAGAAAUCGUGGUCGUCGGCGGCCAACGCGAGAAGCGUUCGCCCAGAGUUGGAAGAAGUGGCGGGCGGGAUGAAAGGAGCCCCCGAGACAGCGGCUCGCAGGUUGGGCUCGAUGUUCCGACGGACGGGCACAGCAGAAGGGCCACAUCAAGAGUACGAACCCAGUCACCUUCAGGAUCGAAUGUUUCGGUAGCUACUGCCCCGGCAGGUAUCCCUGGUGGUCCUAUCGAGAAGUUGAACAACAUCGCAGCACACUUCCGCUCGAACUUGCUGCCAAAAUGCACCGAUUUCGUGGAUGGACCACCCCGAGACCCCAAGAAGCGCGAAGAUGAGCAUCGAAAGCUGGCCGAAACAGUCAUGCAACAGGUGCUGUUGAAGCUCGAUGAGGUUGAUAUCUCGAAAGAGGAGGGGGCGCGUGCAUGGAGGAAGGAGUUGGUGAAGCAGGUCCAGGCGACGUUGAAAGAGCUCGAUGAUGCCAAGCGAUGA